AUGCACUUUUGCAACGCGAACAAGAAGCAGAACGUCUCCGCCAGGAAGAGCAACAUCUCCGUAAAGACGCGCAAGAACGCGAACAAGAAGCGCAGCGACGUGAACAAGAAGCAGAGCGCCUCCGUGAAGAAGACCGGCAUCGCUACGAACGGAGAAUCGGAAAGACCACACUUCAUGAACAGCACACAGUCUACGCAAGGCGAUGCCGCAAAUGCGGAGAACAAGCCCCGCCCUGAUCGAAUUUUGCCAUGGCCAGAAUUUGAAGCUGAGCAGGCACACACAUGGGGUAUUUUAAUGGAGUCGAGUUUUGUGCGUGAACGGCAUUUUACCUCUCAGCGAACAUCUCUUUCUAUGGGAGACCCUUGA